UCACCAUUGCAGGAGAGGAGUCUACUCUGAGUGUAUCAUUAACAAAGCAUAACCACAAUAUUACUGUCACAAUCUGAAAGUGUCUUCGAAUUCUGCUAAUAAUAUUCAAGAUGUUUCAGACGACCCUUUCGACUCUUUUGAGGAAACGCCGGCGACCUGAAUCAACCCCUGUUCAUCCUCAACAGGGAAUGAAGUUUGGGGAGGUGACCAUGUACCUGGUGGAGAGAAGAAUGGGCACAAGCAGGAGGAAUUUCCUGACCAGCUUGGCCAGGUCAAAGGGCUUCUGUGUGGAUGACAACCUGAGUGCCAGCGUGACUCACGUUGUAGCCGAAGACAACCCGGGGCAGGAGCUGUGGCCAUGGUUACAGGAACAGGGCCUCCCACACCUGGACAAUACCAAUGUGGUGGACAUCACUUGGUUUACAGAGAGUAUGAGAGCUGGCAGGCCUGUUCCAGUAGAGGCGCAACAUCGCAUACAAAAACCUUUGCUGCAGACAUCUCUGCCAGGUACCUCUUUGCCUGCUGUGUCUCAGUACGCAUGCCAGAGAAGGACCACACUGGACAACCAUAACAAACUCCUCACUGAUGCAUUGGAGGUUCUGGCAGAGAACUGUGAGUUCAAUGACAGUAAGGGUCCGUGUUUGGGCUUCCGGAGGGCAGCAUCUGUGCUGAAGAGCCUGACCACUGCACUGAGCUGCCUGCAGGAUGCCGUGGGCCUGCCCUGUCUGGGAGAUGAGAGCAAGAACGUCAUAGAGGAGAUCUUUGUAUGUGGAUCGUCCUCCAGGGUUGAAGACAUACUAGCAGAUGAGAGAUAUCAAACACUGAAGCUGUUCACCAGUGUGUUUGGAGUUGGACCCAAAACAGCAGAGAAGUGGUACCGCAGAGGUCUGCGUAGCCUGGAGGAAAUCUGUGCUGAUUCUAGUAUCCACUUAAACAGGAUGCAGGAAGCAGGAUUCCUGUACUAUGAAGAUAUCUCAAAGCCUGUAACUGUAGCUGAGGCCAAAGCGAUGGACUGCAUUAUCAAGGAGGCUGCCAGCUGUUUCGGUUCUGGUGUCACUAUCAAUCUGACUGGAGGCUUUCGCAGGGGGAAAACAUUUGGGCACGAUGUCGAUUUCAUUCUGACUGUACCUGAGCCUGGUAAAGAGGAUGGACUGCUGCCUAUGGUGAUAGGCAGACUCAGGAGUCAGGGUCUUCUCCUGUUCUCAGAUUUCCAGGAGUCGACCUUUGACCUGAACAAAAUGCCCAGUCAUCGGUUUGAGGCCAUGGACCACUUCCAGAAAUGCUUUCUAAUUUUGAAGCUGAGGACGGCGUUGGAGGAGGGCAAGCAGAGAGGUCCCACCCGUAGGAGAGACUGGAAAGCUGUGCGCGUGGACCUGGUUGUCCCCCCAGUUGACCGUUACGCCUUCUGCCUGCUGGGCUGGUCGGGCUCCACGCAGUUUGAGAGAGACCUGAGGAGGUUUGCCAGGCUGGAGCGAGGGAUGCUGCUGGACAACCAUGGCCUUUAUGACAAAGCUGCAAAUACCUUCCUGCCGGCCAAGACAGAGGAGGACAUCUUUGCCCAUUUGGGGUUGGACUAUAUUGAGCCUUGGCAGAGGAACGCAUAGGCCUUGUCUUAUUCAUCAUCUGCAGUCCUGCAGCUGUUCCCCUUCCCCGCUGCUUUGAUAGCACACUGCUGGACUCACUUAAUGCCAUCAGUCACUGAUUCAUCUUACUCAAAAGCCAAAGCGUUGAAAAAUGCUUUGCCAUUAAGGUUCAUUGUGUGCUAAUAACACAAAACAGCUUCUGCUUUUGAAACUCUUCUUUCUGCAUGUGCUACAAAAGCGAAUGUACAGUAUGUGAUGUAUAUAUGUGGUGCAUGCUUUUCUUUUUUCUCCUUUUAUGCAAUCAUUGAGUCUCUCAUGAGUAAGGGUGAAAGAGAGAAGGCGUGAAAGGAAGACAGGUAGAGGAGAGAGCAGGAUAUAAUAAGUGCAGGUGGAGCUGAAUAGCAGUAUAACUGGUAUUGGAUUCCAUAUUCACUGAACAUCAUUUACUGAAUACUGGCAUCUAAGGUCUUCAUUAGUGUAGAAUGGCUCUAGACUGCUGAAAUAACAGUGCACACUCAGUCAUAGAUUCCAUAUGAUCUUCAUCCUUAAUCCCAGUGUUUAGAGAUUUAGCAGCACAAAAACACUGAAGAGCUUUUCUGUUUAGCUUUCACCUCUGGUAAAAAGCCAGAGUGAUACAGGAGUCGAACUACAUCAUGAAUAAAAUCACAGUAGCAGAUUAGCUUGAUAUACAUCUCUGAAAAGUCUUUUUUUUUUAUUCAAUUUGUUUGAUUAUUAACUCAUUGUCUAAUAGGAGCUUAUAUAUUUCUAUACUUUGAAGUGAUUUAAUUCAUCCAACAUUCAGAUGCUUAUUUUUAUUUUCGCUGUAAACAGUGCACUGAUGCAUUCAUGUGUGCUUUACAAUAUGCUUCCAUUUCUGGAGAUUGACAUUUUUUUCAUAGAUCUAACUGCCGGCAUGCGUUCGAUUUUGUUGCUUAAAGCUGAUUUGGGGCUUGAAGGUCCUGCAUUCA